AGUCAGUGAGGUAGGAUGUAUUAUUAACCGGGUGGAGUUGACGGGAGGCAGUGUAAGUCUGAGUCUUGAAAAUUGUGUGGAGAUAGAUAUUAGGUUCUUGAACAUCAUUUACAAACCAGUGGAUUUAACUCAUCCAGUAUUUGCUUCCAAGAAUAGAGGUGUUCAGACGAGAGCGACGCUGCAUUCUAUCCGGGAAGACUUGCCUCCGAAAGACAGAGUGAAGCGCGAGGGAAGCAGCGCUUCGGCGCGCCUUUCCUUGACCGUCGACCGCCCAGCGGGACGCCCUCUCGCAGAUUUCUGCCGCGCAGUCUCACUUUUUCUAACGCAGCAAUAAUUGUUUCACUGCGUCUGUAUCUGACUACAAAUGAAGACCUGAAAGUGACCUUUCUAUGUAUAUAAAAUGAUGCCGAAUGAACUUUGACCUGAAGUGAGUUGGCAGCGUUCUGAUCGCAUCCAGACGGCGUCGCCAGCGCAAUGUUCACUUGGGCGAAGAAACUGACUCGCCACCAUGGCAGAGAGGAGCAAGCGGGAGAGGGGAAUGCAGAUAAUCCAGAAAAUUCCAAAUCGGAACUUAAGCAGAGGCCAGACAAAAGCCCGGGCCGCAGAUCCAGUACCGAAGAGGAGCCGAGUUCAGGGAAGACGAAGGCCAGCCCAAAGCAGAAUCCCGAGAAGAAAACGCCGAGCUUCGCCAGGAGGCUCGCGUCGUUCAGGAAGAUAGCUCUGGACCGAGGCAACCCGGAGAAGUCUCCGAAACUGAAGAAUAAAAUCUCGGGGACGAGUGAGCCUGUGAAGAACAAGAGUUCGGAGCAAAAACAGGAAGCUGAUGUCGCGGUCGGGAGUGAUGCAGCAGACAGGAAGUCCAUUCCAGAGAAAACGAAUUCGAGCUCUGGCCUGUCGACGCAGUCGAGCGAGAACAGGGCUCCCGCUACAAUGUCGCAGACGAGCUCCCCUGACGACCUGAACCCGGCGAAGUCUCCGAGCUCAUGCAGCAGCCUGGGGGCGAUCAGUGAGACGAGCGACGCGGAGAGGAACGGCGAGCACACCUCCGAGAGCACGUCACCCGACAGGGACGACACGUCCUCCAGCAAGUACGAGACGCCCGAGCGCUACGAGACUCCUGAGCGAUCCCUGGUGGUCAGGGAGAAAACGGACGAGCUUCUCGACACCGUCAUUAGAAUUUCUGAUAAAAUGGCAGCUGAAGCAUCACCAGUCCCGCACACUAACGGCAUCGGCGGCUUCGCGGACGUUGAGGAGCAGAGUGUGGUGCAGGAGGGGAAAACGGAAAAACUCGGGGGUCCACUGGAUAGGGAAGGACGUGGGCGCGCCCAGGCACUGAAAGUGAAUGGCCAAGAAGGGAGAGCCGCAGAAGGCGUCGAUGAAAAUGCAACCGCUGGCAGAGUGGGCGUCACAGCAGCUGGAGGCGUGUAUGGUGCGAUGGCCGUUCCUGGCGGCGCGGCCGUGGGCGUCCAGGGAGCGGCGACAGAGGAGCCCACAGGAGCGGUGACAGAGGAGCCCACAGGAGCGGUGACAGAGGAGCCCACAGGAGCGGUGACAGAGGAGCCCACAGGAGCGGCGACAGAGGAGCCCACAGGAGCGGUGACAGAGGAGCCCACAGGAGCGGAGACAGAGGAGCCCACAGGAGCGGCGACAGAGGAGCCCACAGGAGCGGCGCGGGAGCCCACAGGAGCGGUGACAGAGGAGCCCACAGGAGCGGCGACAGAGGAGCCCACAGGAGCGGCGACAGAGGAGCCCACAGGAGCGGUCUCGUCUUCAAACGGCGCAGCGGAUGCUUUCCAGGGCCAGACGCCUCCUCCAGAUGUUGCGGUGAACGGAAUUGCAGAUGAAAAGGGAUCACCUCGCAGCAGCCAAGCCGGAGCCGCGGCUGAAGAGUUAUCGCCGCCUGUGCUGGCGCCGGCACCACCCCCAGCGAAACCCCCAAGAGUCCCUGAAGUUAGUACUGAAAUUGUUCUUCCACCGAACGCUCCUCAGGAAAUUCCUCCAGAUGCUGGCUGCGCUGAGAAAGACGAAGGGUGGGCAGCUUCACCGCCAGAUGAAUCGGCAGACCAAUCUAAAUGUGGCUUAGGUCCUGCAAAACUGUCUGUGGCCGCGGAAAGGGGAGCGGUAAGCAACAGGGCCACCUACAGAAAGGUGUCGCUCCCCGCCAAGCUCAACGAGCCGGCCAGGGAGGCGCCAGUGCCAAAGCCGCGCAAAGUAUCCUUGAACCCCUUUGACAGCGAUGAAGAUAACGAGGAGGAAAGGCGAAGGCAGAGCGCGCCGAGAGAGGCGCCGGUGCCGCUGCCUCGCAAGAAGGUCUCCAUGAACCCCUUCGAGAGCGACGACGAAGACAAUCAAGGAAUAGCCGGUCCAUCGAAGGAAAUCAAGGCAGUCGAGGCGCCCAAACCAGCAGGAACGAAUCCUUUCGACGAAGACGAAGAGGAGGAGGACGCGUCUAUAUGGAAAGUGAAUCCAGCCACAGGAGAGCUAGAGUUCAAGCCAAAUUUGUCCUCUUCCCCAGCAACCAAUUCUCGAUCCUCCAGUCAGUCUUCCAUCACACUCCAGCGGUUGAACGACUCGAUAGCGUCUCUGAACGCGCAACUCGCUAGAUCACCACAUGAACCAGUAUCAACGAAUCCCUUCGACGAAGAUGAGGACGACGAAUUCAAUGACACAGGCUUGUCGAGAGACUUAACGCGGAUGUCUCUGACCAUGGGGGGGUCGUCGCCCUUGCAGCGGGAAAGCGCGCGCUGCUCCCUCCCGCCCUCGACGCGGACCAGGGUCGGCAGGAAGAAGAGACCGGCGCCCCCGCCAGCAGUGUUCCUUCGGACAUCCAUUUAUGUGAAAAUUUUGUCAACUUGAUAAACCCAGAAGCUUUAAUAAGAUAUGUCUAAAAUGGAAUCAUACAAAAAGACACACAAUCAAAAAUUGUAUUAUUUUCUUAAAGAUUAAUAUACCAAAGCAAAGAACUGUUUCUUCAUUUUGAUAAACUAUGAUGCACAUAUUUAUAGAAUAUAUAACAUCAUAUAUGAUCUGUUUAAUUUACUUUACCUUUACUGCAUUCCGUGCUUAACAGUGCCAGUGAUAUUAACCUUGCUUUGUGUGUAAGUUCUUUUUAAAUUAUUUAUGUUAUGUCACAUGAAAUAUACGGGAAUUUUAUACAGUAUGUCAAGUCUUACUUGUUGCAUUACCUGUUAUUUUUCAAAAUGAAGGUGCUAAUUCAGUGAUCAUAAUCUUGAAAGCAGUGAGUGUUGUUAUCUCUAUAGACAAGCAUACAUCUCACAUUGCUUAGUAACCAUGCAUCAAAUGGUAGAUAUUUACAGUUGAAAAAAAUUGUCAUUUCAACU